AUGCUUGGCUCAGGCAAAAACUACAUUCUGGGUGUGCUACCCAUUAUUGGUUUUGCAAUUGGGCAUUUCCUUGAUAAAAAGGAAACCGAACGUAUGACUUUGUUUCGAGAUAAAAGCGCGCUCUUCGGCCGCCCGGAAGGCUCCGAGGGCAGGGCCCCAUCUUGGUAAUGAUUUUUUUUUUUAAUGGAAUAUAAGUGAAGAAUGUCUAUUUGAGGUACCAUUUAAAAUAAUGUGAAAUAAGCGAACUUGUAUGGUAAAUAAAUACAAAUGGUAUAAACGAAA